AAACAAACAUUUCCUUUGCUCGAAGUAACAAAGUUUACGAAAGCGUUUUCAUCAAAUAUGUGGAAUCAAAAGCCGAGUUUCAGGUUUGAGAUAGAUAACUUCUCGGAGAAGAAAACUGUCAUAACGUCUCAGGUGUUCGUGAGCGGCGGAUGCGAAUGCACCCCGUUUUGCGCUGAGAGUCCAUCGUGGGGUUGGCGAUAUUUCUUGUCUCUUAGCAAGUUUCAGAAAACAGGACUUUUGGAGGACGACAGACUCAUCAUUGAAGUCUACAUUAAUAUUGUUGAAGCUUUUGAUGGAGAAGAAGAAGAUGUAUCAUCAGAGAAGGAGGAAACUGUGGAUAUCAAUGGUUUUCACGUUGUUGCUACUCAGCGUUUUUGGUCAGCUAUGUGGAAUCAAAAGCCGUGUUUUAGGUUUGAGAUAGAUAACUUCUCGGAGAAGAAAGAUGUGAUAGUGUCUCAGACAUUCGUGAGUGGCGGAUGCGAAUGGUUCCUGUGCCUCUAUCCGAAGGGAAAUAGUCGUAGUGAUGAUCACAUGUCCUUGUUCCUAUACGUUGCAAAUAGUAAAUCGUUGGGAAGUGGAUGGAAACGGAGUGCUAACUAUUACUUCUCUGUGCUGAAUCAAUCUGAAAAAGAGCUCUACAGAUCACCUGUUGGACAAGAACCCCCUCUGUUUCGCGUUGAGGGUGAAGGCUGGGGUUUCCGAAAGAUCUUGCCUCUUAGCAAGUUUGAGGAAAAAGGGUUUUUGGAGAAGGACAGACUCAUCAUUGAAGUCUACAUCAAAGUUGUUGAAGCUGUGGACGGAGAAGGCGGAGGCGUAUCAAAGAAGAAAGAGACUGUGGAUAUUAUCGGUUCCGAGGAUUAUGCUUCUCAGGCAAGUUUAAAAGGAUCCGUAUCUUUUUCUGUUUUUGAAUAGAUGCUUUGCUUUCUAGGGUUGCGUCUUUGCGUAUAGAUUCAGAUUCUUUUUCUGAGUAACAAAAACAUGUUUUCCUU